CUUCUCUUUUUCUCCCUUCCUGUGCAUAUUAUGGUUGAUUCCAUCGACGCUGUAUAUAUCAUAUUGUCUCCCCUCCCCUCCAGAUCGUCCUUCCUGAGCGUGCCAUCCCCACCAUGCGGUUGGUUUCCCUACUACCGCUGCUGGCUGCAGCCGUUUGGGCUGCAAGUGACAGCGAUACCUCGUCCGACUCCAAAACCACCCUCACCAACACCAACACCAAGAACAUCCUCACCUUGGACGGCACCAUCACCGCUCCCAUCAGCGAUGCCGCCACGCGCACCGGUCACUACCUCUCCUACACCUCCACCAAGACCCUGCCCACCAACCAUGGCGGCAUGGUAGGCUCAACCGGCCUCUCCGGCUCCGAGUCCGCCGUCACCACCGCGACCACCGGCAAUGCCACCACCCAUACCACGCCGACCGACUCCAUGACCCAUCUCAUCGGCAACAACACCUCCAAUGCCACCCACACGGCCCCGGCCUCGUCCUCCUCCCCCGUCGUCAACACCCAGCCCUGCAAUGGCUACACCGAGUUCUGCGCGCGCAACUACUCCAACAUCACCAUGGUGGCCGCCCACAACAGUCCGUUCGUCAAGCCGGGCAACGUGGCGGCGAACCAGGCGCUGGAUGUCGAGGCUCAGCUGAACGAUGGAAUCCGCAUGUUGCAAUUCCAAACCCACAUCGUCAACAACACCGUGAAGCUCUGCCACACCAGCUGCGACCUGCUGGACAUGGGCCUGCUGGAGACCUACCUCAGCACCGUCGCGCGCUGGAUGAAGAGCCACCCGUAUGACGUGGUCACCAUCCUCAUCGGCAACUACGACUACGCCGAGCCCGGCAACUUCACCGAGCCCAUCCGCAAAUCCGGCCUGCUGGACCUGGCCUACACGCCGCCCAAGAUCCCCAUGGCCCUGCACGACUGGCCCACCCUGUCGACCAUGAUCCUGUCCGGCAAGCGCGCCGUCCUGUUCAUGGACUACAUGGCCAACCAGACCGCCUACCCGUGGCUCAUGGACGAGUUCACCCAGAUGUGGGAGACCCCCUUCUCGCCGACGGAUCGCAAUUUCCCCUGCACCGUCCAGCGCCCGCCCGGUCUGCAUCCGCCCGACAUCCGCAACCGCAUGUAUCUGGCCAACCACAACCUCAAUCUGGACCUCAACUUUGCCAACCUGAACCUCCUGAUCCCCAACACCGCGCAGCUGAAUCAGACCAACGCGGCGGAGGGAUUCGGCAGUUUGGGUUGGAUGGCCAGCAACUGUACCCGGGACCACGCCCGACCUCCCAACUUUCUUCUCGUCGACUACUACAACUACGGCCCCGUGAACGGGUCGGUCUUCCAAGUCGCCGCCGACAUGAACAAUGUCACCUACAACGGCAAAUGCUGCGGCACGACGUCGUCCGGCACGAGUUUCGCGCCGCACGGCAUGGCCAUGUCCGUGGCACUGAUUGCGGGCGUACAGUAUUUGAUUUCGAUGUUUUAAUAGCCUUGCUUUUUGGGUUGGUUUUUUUAUAUAUAGAUAUUUAUCAUUGUAGUUAUGAGAUACGACCGUGCGAAUUUUAUAAAUAUAAGACGC